AUGGAAUUGGUUCUGAAAACAACCGCUGGAGCAAAUCUGGCUGAUGCAUCGCAACGUUGGCUAGCUCUGAACGCAUUUCACACUAUCAUCAAACAACCUUCCGUGUACGUCAAUGGAACCCUGACCACCGAACAAACAGACACGUAUGCAUACAAAUCGUAUAUUGAAACGAUACUCAAUUAUGGUACAGAAGAUGAAGACACCAUUCUAAGACCUCAGGGGUAUUACUCUGGUCUAGAUUAUCCAACUCACGUUCAACUUGUAGCCAAUAACAUCGACCAGACACAUGCCGACUACAAAGCUUUACCGGCUGAAAAAAGAAAAGCCAUCGAUGGACUCCUAAAAAUGAGAGGAAGAACCACGGGAGGUAAAACCAUCAUCUUGUAUGGCAUGCCGCAUGUGGAUUUGUUCAAUACAGGAAGAAUGCUUAUACCGGGGGUAGAUUUGAAAAUCAGGUUCAUGCUCAAUGACCCUAAAUUCUUCAUGAAUGGAAUUACUGCAGUAAACACUGAUGUUAGGUUAAAAGCAGGCGAUUUGAAUAUGAAAUUUUAUGCAUGCAUGGUCAAAGUGAGGUCAGACGUGUACAAUCAUAUUGCUUCAGCUAGACUGCAGAGGAAUCUGGAUGUCCAUUAUUGCACAGUGAGAUCAGAAAUCAGGACCUACACAUUGCAAAACCUUCACAGUACAUUUGAAGCUACAGACAUGUUCAACGGGAGAGUCCCAGACCGUGUGGUUGUAGGCAUUGUAUACCAAGAUGCUUUCUCAGGGAAAUACGGCUACAACCCUUUCAUUUUCAAAAAAGAUAAAAUAACAAGCAUCAAACAGGUGGUGGAGGGAGAAGAAUACCCGUAUCUACCCUUAGAACUUCACGGGGCUGACAAUGAAUUGGAUAUGUCAGGGUAUCACAGACUUCUUCAAGCCAAUUGCACUAAAUACAGAGGAAAAUGUAUGAUCAAACCAGAACAUUGGGGAAAAGAUAAGGGGACAACGGUAUUCAUGUGGGACAAUGUAGCCUCAGGAUGUGCAGACAGUGUACGGUUGAACCCUAAACAGGAAGGACGUGUCAAAAUCUCACUCUGA